AUGAUGGAAGAUCACCAUGCAGCCCGUGAGGAGCGCCAAGCUAACCUUGCUACCCUUCAGCACCUCACUCAACUUGCUACUGGAAAUUCCAACAACAAUAAUGGCGGGAACGGGAAUGGAGACCCCCGCUCUAAGCUGAAGGAUUUCCAGAGCAGCAACCCUCUUGUCUUCGCCAAGUGCAUUGAACCCCUUAACACCGAUGAUUGGCUUCACACCAUUGAGAACAACAUGGAGGUCGCCGGAGUCGGCAAUGAUGAGAAGUGGGAAAAUGUCAAGGCUAUUCAAGCUGAAGGACACGUCAUCAACUGGGAAGAAUUCAAGGCCAAAUUCCGCAAGACCCACAUUCCAUCUGGACUGAUCAAGCUCAUGAAGGACAAGUUCAUGAACCUAAGACAAGGAAGCAUGUCUGUGGUGGAGUACAUGGACAAGUUCACCACUCUGUCUAGGUAUGCACCUGAGGAUAUCGACACCGAAGAGAAGAAGAAGGAUCGCUUUUUGAAUUGUCUGCAUGAUGAGAUGCAGAGUAUCUUGGUGGUUGUGCCAUACCCUGACCUUGAGUCACUGGUAGAAGCCUCUAUUAUGUUUGAGAGCAAGCGCAAGAAUGCGUUUGAAAACCACAAGCGCAAGAACAACACUGUCCGCAUCCCCACCAAUGGAUGCUACGCCUGCGGUCAGCCGGGUCAUUUCUCCAAGGAGUGCCCCAACAGGGUGACUACUGCUCAGCGCCCCAAUGCGCCCAAGCCAAAUCAGGGACAAGCUCAUACUGCUACCGGAAGGAACCAGAACGAGAAGAAGCCAGCUGGACCAGCUAGAGGACACCUGAAUCAUGUCAAUGCUGAAGAAGGUCAGGAAGCUACGGAUAUCAUUCUAGUGUUCAUGAAGUACCUCAACAAGUUUGUCGUGGUAUUCAUUGAUGAUAUUCUGAUCUACUCCAAGAAUGAAGAAGAGCAUGAUGAACAUCUGCAGAUUGUUUUGGGAACUCUCAGAGAGCAGCAGCUUUAUGCCAAUUUUAGCAAAUGUGAGUUUUGGCUGAAAGAGGUAGGAUUCCUAGGUCACGUCAUAUCUGCCGGAGGAGUGUCUGUCGACCCAUCCAAAAUCCAGUCCAUCAUGGAGAAGAAAGCCCCUACCAAUAAGACCGAAGUCCGCGCCUUUCUAGGAUUGGCAGGUUACUACCGCAAGUUCGUUGAAGGAUUCUCCAGCAUUGCGAGACCCUUGACGCAACUGCUAACGAAGGAUAAGAAGUUUGAGUGGACCGACAAAUGUGAGGCCAGUUUUCAGGAACUCAAGCAGAGAUUAGUUACAACCCCCGUCUUGACCAUGCCGGAUAUCAUGAAGGAUUUUGAUGUGUACUGCGAUGCAUCGAAACUUGGUUUGGGAAGUGUGCUGAUGCAGGAAGGUAAAGUGAUAGCCUAUUUGUCAAUACAACUCCGACCACACGAGAUUAAUUACCCCACGCAUGACUUAGAGCUUGCUGCAGUGGUUCACGCCCUGAAGACCUGGCGUCAUUAUUUAGUUGGAAAUCGUUGCGAGAUCUACACCGAUCACAAGAGUCUGAAGUACAUCUUCACUCAGCAGGAGUUGAACAUGAGGCAAAGCCGAUGGAUGGAGCUCAUCAAGGAUUACGACCUCAGCAUUCAUUAUCACCCUGGUAAAGCCAAUGUCGUAACUAAUGCCCUUAGUCGCAAGCCCUGUUUGUUGAACGCUCUAAUCAAGAUUGGUCAACCCAAGUUGCAUGAAGAACUGGAGGAGUUCGGCCUCGAGUUGGUCAACCAUGAGUUUCUGGCCAACCUUGAGUUGAAGCCCACUUUAUUCGACCAAAUCAAGGAAGCUCAAGUGGGUCAUGAGAGUAUUGAAGGAAUUAAGCGUAGGAUGAUAGGGAGAAAGUUCCUGGUUUCUCGAUUUAUGCCUAAGGAGUUUUGUGGUACAAUGGACGUUUGUGUGUGCCUUCUAUUGAAGACCUGA